AAAGUUACGAUACAGAAAGGGUGACGCGGCCGCAUUACGUCAUGGUCAGGUGAUUGACGAGGAAGUAAACAACUCCGAAGACAGUAGACAUCUCGACGGGGAAAGGUCCAGCUGUCCAGAUGACAUCCCUUAUCUGCACUUUACAACACCAUCAAGACGAUGUCAACUGGUGCGCCUUCUCGGCCAAGCUGUUAGCCACAUGUUCUGGGGACAAAACCCUCAGGAUAUACGACGCCCGUGAUUUCUCCGAGCUGCCUUUUUCGCCGCUGACAGGUCACGGCUACAGUGUCCACUGCUGCUGCUUCAGCACCUGUGGUCAGUUCCUCGCUUCGUGCUCCACAGAUGCGACCACGGUGAUCUGGUCAAUGGUCUCGGGUGAGAUCGAGGCUGUGCUGGAGCAUCCUGGCCGUAGCCCUGUCAGGAUCUGCGCUUUCUCUCCUGACUCUCUCCACUUGGUUUCUGGUGCAUCUGAUGGCACUUUGGCUCUUUGGGAUUUUCCCUCCAGACAGCUGCGAAGGACCGGGGCAGUGAAUGACACAACAAUGGUAGCCUGCUCCUUUAGCCCCUGCAGUCAGAUGUUUAUGACUGGCUCCACAUACGGAGACCUGCGUUUGUGGGACCUGCGCAUGAACCAGCUCCACGCAGAGAAGAACGCCCACGACCUGGGCGUCUCCUGCUGUACCUUCGCUCCGAGCAUCCUCAGCGGCGGUCAAGUUGUGCAGUUUCGUGUGGCGUCUUGUGGACAGGACAGCCUGCUGAAGAUAUGGGCCAUAAACAAGUUGAGCUCUGGAGCGUAUAAGAUGAAGCUCCUGCACACAUUAACUGGCCAAUCAGCUCCCGUCCUUUCCUGUGCAUACUCCUCAGAUGGGCAGCUACUUGUGUCUGGCUCUGUGGACAAAACAGUCACAAUUUAUGAUGCUGAGAAUGCAGUUUUGCUUUACAGGCUGAAACAGCACGAAAGGGUUAGGCGUAGCUAGGGUUCUGCAAGAAUAUUCUACUGGAAAUAGUAGGUACUGGAUCUAAAUCUCUUGCAGUAUGUUUUUGCCCCCUAACUGGUGCACAACCAGUAGGGGUGUAACGAUACACAAAAUUCACGGUUCAGUUCGGUUCGGUUCGAUACUUUGGUGUCACGGUUCGAUAUUUUUUCGAUACAAAAAAAAUGUU